GAGUUAGAAACUGCAGACAUUUAGGAUCAGUUGAAGCUAGAUUGCACGGGGUUACCUUCAUUUAUUUCCAUCACGGUGAUCCGUGGCGGCGGUAACGGCAGGGCCCAGAAGAUCAAGGCCAGACUUUGUGCUCUGGCCACAGGAUCAUAGCAUUGUUAAUUGAACAAUAAUUGUCUUUUUUUUUUUUUUUUUUUGCUUAUAAAAGCUCGUGAGUUUAAGGGUAAAGAUGAGAGACGUGCUAUAUUAGAGGAGAAGCACUCAAGAGAAAGUUUACAAAUGGUUGCCAUAACAGCGGUGGUUUUUCAGGGUAAUUACGUAAUCAGAAAACUUCCUUACCUAACUGCUACGUUCGCCAAAUUUGUACUUUGUUGUUGCAGGUGGUAUGAGAAAUGAAGCCAAUGGGUACAGACCCAAGGAUCUUAUCUCUAGCUGCUGAAGUUGCAAAAAGUCCUGAGCAGAAUGUCCCUGUUAUACUGUUGAAGUUAAAAGAAAUAAUAAACAACACACCUUUAGGAAGCUCAGAGUUGAAGAAAAUCAAACAAGAUAUAUAUUGUUAUGAUCUCAUUCAGUAUUGCCUCUUGGUCCUCAGUAAAGAUUGUUCUCGAAUCCAGGGUGGUUGGACUACGAUUUCUCAGCUUACACAGAUAUUAAGCCAUUGCUGUGUGGGCUUGGAACCAGGAGAAGAUGCAGAGGAAUUUUACAAUGAAUUACUUCCAUCAGCUGCAGAAAAUUUUCUGGUUUUGGGGAGGCGAUUGCAAACAUGUUUCAUCAACGCAGCUAAGGGUGAAGAAAAAGAUGCAUUACUACACUUUUUUGAAAUUGUGACUGAUUCUCUCUUCUGGCUAUUGGGAGGCCAUGUUCAACUCAUCCAAAAUGUACUUCAAAGUGAUCAUUUCUUGCACUUACUACAAACUGACAACGUUCAAAUAGGAUCUACGGUCAUGACUAUGCUACAGAACAUACUACAGAUCAACAGUGGUGAUUUACUCAGAAUAGAAGGGAAAACCCUGCAUUCAAUUUUAGAUGAAGUUAUUUUCAAACUUUUAUCAACUCCUAGUCCAGUCAUAAGAAGUACUACUACAAAGCUCCUACUGUUGAUGGCUGAAUCCCAUCAGGAAAUUUUGAUUUUACUGAGACUAAGUGCCUGCUACAAAGGACUUAGAAGUCUACUAAAUAAACAAGAGCCUGGGACAGAGUUUAGUCAAGAACUUACACAGCUCAUUGGUCUUUUAAGCCCUAAGGUCUAUCAGGAAGUAGAAGAACAGAAACUACAUCAAGCAGCUUGCUUGAUUCAAGCUUAUUGGAAGGGUUUCCAAACUAGAAAGAGAUUAAAGAAGCUUCCAUCUGCUGUGAUUACUUUGCAGAGGAGUUUCAGAUCUAAACGAGCAAAGAUGUUACUGAAGCUAAGAAGACAGAAGGAAGAAGAGGACCGCAGACUACAACUGCAACUUCAAAGGCAGAGAGCCAUGAGACUUUCCCGAGAAUUACGGCUGAGUAUGCUUGAAAUAAUUCAUCCAGGUCAGGUGGAAAAACAUAAUCGGGAAAUAGAAGAGAAAUCAGCGUUGAUUAUCCAGAAACAUUGGAGAGGGUACAGGGAAAGGAAAAAUUUUCGCCAGCAGAGGCCGUCUCUUAUGGAGUAUAAAGCAGCUGUCACACUUCAGAGAGCAACUCUUAAAUUCCUAGCAAAAUGCUGUAAUAAAAAGAAAAUAUUUGCUCCUUGGCAAGGACUCAGAGAACUCACUGAUGCACGCAGAGUUGAACUGAAGCAACAAGUGGAUGACUAUAUCAGAAGACAUCCAGGCUCUCAGAUAUCAGAUGUGACCAGCAGGGAGCUCCAUUCCCAAGCACAAGAACAACUGCAACACUACUUCAUGGGCAGGGCUCUAGAAGAGAGAGCCCAACAGCACAGGGAGGCACUGAUGGCCCAGAUUAGCACCAACAUUGAACAGUUAGUGAAAGCACCAAGUCUGAAGGAGGCAGAAGGAAAAGAACCUGAGCUUUUCCUAAGUAGAUCCAGGCCUGUGGCAGCCAAGGCCAAGCAGGCCCAUCUCACCACCCUGAAGCAUAUGCAAGCACCCUGGUGGAAGAAGCUUGAGGAAGAAGCAGAUGAGAUUGAUGUCCCAAAGGAUGAGCUUAGUGUAGAAUUAGGAACUUUAUUCAUUGGUGGAACCAAACCCCCUUAAGGGAGUUACCUGGAGGAAUGACAGAUCUAUAUUUCAAGAGAUUAUAUUGGUUCUGCCUCUGAUAUGCUAGCAGACUAGAGUUAUCCUAACUCAUGGUUUUCCAGAGGUUCCUCUCCAAACAAGACUUGAAGGCAGUAAGCAAAGACUUAUCUUCUACCUCGAUUUCAAUUCUUUUUCUUUUUCCACACCUCCAUCCUUGGCCACACAUACAAAUUGGUAUGGCUUUUAUAGUGGAACUAAACUCAGCAUUGUAUUCUGUUGCGUAUAAGAAAUGUGAUAUUUCUUUUUUUGUUUCUGCUGUUUUCCAGCUAAAGGUGUUUUCUAAAUAAAUAUUUUCAACAGUU